ACAAAAGGCCCCAUUUUUGACCAGAGUGGGCACCAAGUCAGGUUAAAAAAUUUCUAGGACAAAAUGAAUCUUGUUUGUGGAAUAGGAGUGAGGCAGCAAAAUGCAGCCAUUUUGUCCUGUACUGUACUGCCACUUGCUGUUGACUGAAUAUGACGUCACUGAGCCCAAACGGCGAGCUCAGCUUGCCAGUGUCACAUGACCAAACGCAGAAAGCAGGUGAGCCGUGACUGGUCAUUACCUGAGCCCUGUGGUGAUCUCAUUUUCACUUUCCAGCAAGUGGCUUUACAACACAAAAAUGGCUUGUUUCAUUCCUCGUCCCCAAACAUAAAAUUACUCCGAAUGCUCUCUUUAAACCAGGCGCAUAAAACAUUGUUUCAAAAGUUUUGACUUCCCCCUCAGAGUGCAUAUAGACAGUUGACUGGUCGCCACUGAGUGCUCGUCCAAGAAGCAGGAGCCCCGGGUGGGAGGCAAAUACACCAAUCUCUCAUCAGCCGAGGCAUAUAGUGAGCGCGCGGGUCUUGGUCACGCGUCUUCAAUGUGGCGGGCCGAUGAGUUGAUUGGUCCCAGCGUGCUCCUGGCAUGUGACGAGCGGGCACAUGUGAUGGGUCACGCUUGAGGUGGUGGCGGCAAGCUAACCCAAGUCAGCAGCAUUUAAUCAGUUACAAGCGGCCCUUUGUUUGUAAGUGCUGGCCAGUCGGUUCAAGAUCAGCCGACAAAAGCCAUGUGCUUUAUGCUUUGCUUUGCUAGGCUGAGCUUUUAAAGCUCAUAGUCAGAGAAUGAGGUACAUGCUAACGUGCGUGCGUGUGUGUGUUAAAGAGCGCGAGAGAGAGAGCGAGUGUGAAAAUGAGGAAUUUGCCGAUGACAUUGACAUGGUAACACAUAGACGCUGCAAUCUGAUUGGAUGAAAAAGUGAGAGGCAACCAUGCCGGAAUGAGCAAAGCAGCCUGAUCAGCCUGCCAAGGGCUCGCAUCGCUCCGAUUGGCUGCCGUGUGGUAGACCAACCCCCCCCCCCACCCCCCCGCCCCGUGAUUAUGUCACACAACAGAACUUCUAUAAGAAGAGCAGCGGCAGGCAAUUGUCGUCUUCAUCAUCAUCAUCGUCAUGUGGUGCGCUCGCCUGCAGUAUGCGCUCAGGACGGUGGCGCGCUGCACCAACACUCGGCAGGUCAGUCAGCGGUGCGAAGCGGGCAUCCUGCUGGAUGUGGACGGUGUGCUGGUGCGCGGCGGCUCCGUCAUCCCGGCGGCGCGGCGAGCCUUGCGGAAGCUGCUUGACCACCGCGGUGACUUCCUGCUGCCUGUCGUCUUCCUUACCAAUGCCGCAAGUUGUCGACCUGAACAAAAAGCGCAACAGCUGUCGUCGCUGCUUGAUGUGCAGAUUAGUCCAGAUCAAGUGAUUUUGUCGUACAGUCCUCUGCAAGCGUUAACGAGUUUCCACGACAAAUGCGUGUUGGUGUCCGGACAAGGACCAAUCACGGACAUCGCGCACACUUUGGGUUUCAAGAAGGUGGUGAGCAUGGAGCAGCUCCGAGAACAGCACCCCCUGCUGGACAUGGUCGACCACAGCCGGAAACCCAAAGCAGCCUCAAACAUUUCGCACACGUUUCCCCCAAUUGAAGCCGUGCUGCUGUUUGGCGAGCCGGUGCGCUGGGAAACCAAUCUUCAGCUGCUCGUGGAUGUGUUGCUGACCAAUGGACGUCCGUCGGCUGCUUACGAUUGGUCACCGGCCCAGCUGCCCGUGCUGGCCUGCAACAUGGACUUGCUGUGGUUGGCCGAGGCCCCCUCGCCGCGUUUUGGCCACGGCAUGUUCCUGCUGUGCUUGGAGUCGGCAUACAAGAAGUUGACAGGACGAGAGCUGAGCUACUGGGCGCUGCUGGGGAAACCCAGCCUGCUCACCUACCGCUUCGCCGAGCAUGCGCUCACGCGCCACAACGACCACCGUAAGGUUCAAACCAUCUACGCCGUUGGCGACAAUCCGAUGACAGACGUUUACGGCGCCAACCUUUAUAAUCGCUACCUGGCUCAGCAGCAUCGUGCGCCCCCCGCCCAGGCCAGGCUUCUGGCCCAGGGAACGGACAAUCAGCCGGCUGUGGCCUGGCCCUCCGAUGAGCCGGCGUCUGCCACCGUGUGCUGUCAAUCCAUCCUGGUGUGCACGGGCGUUUACAAGCCAGCGUCGGCGCCCGCCCAGGAGAAUGUCUUUCUGCAUGGACAUCGGGACAUGAGUGCCGAAGCCAGCCUGCUGGAGCCCGCCUUCGUGCUGGAGAACGUGGAGGCCGCCGUCGACCUCGUGCUCCGUCGACACCUCUGAUCCUGCCCGCCCACUAUCGCUCACGACACAAUCAUGCCAAAGGACAAUCUUGAGUCCUCUGUGGACAAACGGGCUUCCGUGCCCCCACCACCGCCCCCUGUUAUGCCAGUAAAAAUGUCAAGUAUACACAGGAAGGCUGCAGUGGAGACUGGAAUUCUCAACCUCACAACACUGCAGCAGCCUUUGUCCAAUGGGUGCGCUCCUUUUGUCGACCGGGUUGUCAAGGGAUUUUAUGAAGAGGCUUAUUUUGGGGUCACACCUGAAGUGUCAUGUCUGCGGCAGGAUUGGACACAGCAUCAACAUUUGCCAAAUCGGACUUCUGACGUCACAAAAUGACUUGAGUCGUAAUUGACUCCCUGCCUUAAUUCUGUAAACUAACAUGUUCAUGCGAAAGACUGUCUUCAAUGUAAUGUAAAACUAUUGUUUACAAGCAAGUGUGGUAUAUAUGCACAUAGUAUUUAUUGGAUAUUAAUUCUAAUUCUCUAGGUGCUUGAAAGUGGACGAUGUUCUAAGUGAGUUUUUUUUAAAUAACUUUCUAUCUUCACCAUUAUUCAAGAAAUAACUAUCGUACAUGCAGUGUUUUCUUUCUUAGAAAAAGUUUUUUUUUACUUAUUUUUUAUCAAUAUAUUAUUCUAAUGCGCAACAUGGUUCUCAAAUUACCUAUAUGGCAUUUCCUCAUGUCUUUUUGGACAAAAAAAAUCAUCUUUGUUUCAAAUUCACAAUAUUCAAUCGUUCUUUUGAUUGACGUCUAUUUUCCAAUAAACUAACAUCCCCACUCAA